CCCGGGGGAACCGGGCGAGGCCGUGCGGGAACCGGACGAGGCCGUGCGGGAACAGGGAGCGGCCCCGAGGGAACCGGGAGCGGCCCCGCAGGGAUGGACACCCCGACACCUCUCCCGACCCUGAUCCGCAAGAAGCGGGACGGGGAGCGCCUGGAGGACGCCGAGAUCCGGAGCUUCGUGCGCGGCGUCACCGAGGGCACGGCACAGCAGGGACAGAUCGGUGCCAUGCUGAUGGCCAUCCGGCUGCGGGGCAUGGACGCGGCUGAGACGCUGGCCCUGAGCCGGGCCAUGGCGAGCUCGGGCCGCACGCUGGCCUGGCCACCAGCCUGGCACGGGCUGCUGGUGGACAAGCACUCCACUGGUGGCGUUGGGGACAAAGUCAGCCUGGCGCUGGCACCCGCGCUGGCCGCCUGCGGCUGCAAGGUGCCCAUGAUCAGCGGGCGAGGGCUGGGCCACACCGGGGGCACCCUGGACAAGCUGGAGGCCAUCCCCGGGUUCCGCGUGUCCCAGAGCCCCGAGGAGAUGCAGCAGAUCCUGGAGCGGGUCGGCUGCUGCAUCGUGGGGCAGAGCUCGGAGCUGGUGCCCGCAGACCGGGUGCUCUACGGGCUCCGCGAUGUCACGGCCACCGUGGACAGCCUGCCGCUCAUCACCGCCUCCAUCCUCAGCAAGAAGGCGGCGGAGCAGCUCUCAGCGCUGGUGCUCGAUGUCAAAUUCGGGGAGGCGGCUCUGUACCCCACCCAGGAGAGCGCUCGGGAGCUGGCGCGGAGCUUGGUGGAGGUGGGCACGGAGCUGGGCAUCCGAACCGCGGCUCUGCUGAGCCGCAUGGAGCAGCCGCUGGGCCGCGCCGUGGGAAACGCGCUGGAGGUGCUGGAGGCGCUGGAGUGCCUGGGGGGCAGCGGGCCCCCCGACCUGCGACACUUGGUGACAGCCCUGGGAGGGACGCUGCUGUGGCAGUGCGGGAUGGCGGCGGGAGCCCCGCAGGGCUCGGAGCUCCUGGCGCGGGCUCUGGACGAUGGCUCGGCCCUGAGAAGGUUCCAGGCCAUGCUGGGGGCGCAGGGGGUGCCCCCCGACAUCGCCCGGGACCUCUGCGCCGGGACCCCCGCCCAGCGCCGCCGGCUCCUGGGGGAGGCCAAGGUCUGCGAGGAGCUGCCCGCGCCGCAGGAAGGCUGGGUGCAGCGGGUCCGGGCGCUGCCCGUGGCGCGGGUCCUGCACGGGCUGGGCGCGGGUCGCUCUCGGGCCGGGACCGUGAACCCCCGAGUUGGAGCCGAGCUGCUGGUGGGGCCCGGGGAGCACCUGCGGGCAGGUGAGGGGGGCUCAGGGACCCCCG